AUGCCUAGCUCCGGCUCAUCGGACAGACGGGUACGCUCCCUAGAUGACUAUGCGGAGAAGCCCUUGCCUUCCGGCUCUGUCCCCCUCCUUACGGAUCAUGUUGGGAAAGAUGCCUCACUUGUGGAAUUGCCGGGUUGGAGCCUGCGGCGCAAAAUACAGAGACAUCCGCUACGAGUCGCCAUUGCGCUUAUCAAAUACUUGAUCAUUGCCGUGUGUCUGCUGUUGGUCGGCACACCGAUCGUAGUACCAUCUUACACACGACCCCCACCGCACUAUCGGGAUCUAGAGUCGAGGUGUCAGGGCUUUCUUCGACAGCCAGGCUGCGCAAAUAUCCGCAAUGAACAGGUAUUCAUCAGCGUCUCCCUCUAUGACGAAGGAGGCCGCCUCGCGGAUGGGUACUGGGGGGAGAGCUUACUGGAAUUGAUACACCUCCUCGGCAACAACAAUGUCUUUUUAAGCAUCUACGAGAACGACAGCGGUCCUGAAGGCGCCUCGGCCUUGGAAAGUCUACGAAAGCAACUUCGAUGCAAACACUCUAUCGUUAAUGAUCCUCAUGUGUCCCUGGCAAAGUUUCCGACGGUGACGCUGCCCGACGAUACCACACGAGUUAAGCGCCUAGCUUAUCUGUCGGAAAUGCGAAAUCGAGCCCUGCGACCGCUAGAUCGCUUCGACCCAAGUGUCGGAACCGUGCAGUAUGACAAGGUCUUGUUUUUAAACGACGUCGUUUUCCAUCCGAUGGAAGCCGUCCAUUUACUUCUUAGCACCAACCUAGACGCCGACGGACGGGCAAACUAUCUGUCAGCGUGUGCGAUUGACUUCUGGAACCCGUUUAAGUUUUAUGACGUGUAUGUAACUCGCGAUUUCGAGGGUUACACUGCCGGGUCGGCCUUCUACCCGGUGUUCUCUCAUGCUGGCCGGGGCGUAUCGAGAGCGGCUAUGCUAGACCAGACGGAUGCCGUCCCCGUACGAGGGUGCUGGAGUGGCAUGGUGGCAAUGCAGGCCGAAUACAUACAAAACCUGAACACGUCGCUACCCAACCCCCACUUUCAGGAUAUAAGCAGCCACGUUAUCGACCCGGAAAACCCGCGCAACGUAACGGCCCCUGUCCGGUUUCGCUACGAACCCGAGGCCUUCUUCGAGGCUUGUGAAUGUUGCUUAUUCCUCGCGGACGUGUCCCAGGUGGCGAGAAAGUCCGGGGAUGAAGUGCUAGGUGUAUUCAUGAACCCCUAUGUGCGAGUUGCGUAUACGGAGCGCACGCUGGCCUGGCUGCCCUGGGUCCGAAGGUGGGAACGUCUGUUCAGCAUCCCGCAUACGAUUUCGUCGUAUUUCUGGUCGAUGCCAUCCCCUAACCCGCAUCGCACAGUUCAAGAGGGCGAAACCUUCAACGAGGAGGUUUGGGUCGGCGAGGGAAAUGUUGGUUAUUGGCAGUUGGUGCAGCGGACUGCCCGAAACGGCCUGUUCUGCGGUGCCAGGGAAUUGCAGGUCUUAAAACUCGGUGAGCGCGAUGGCGAUAUCAACUGGGAGAACAUUAAAAUACCUGCCGGCCAGACUAUGCACUUCCCCACUUAGCAUGGAGAGGUGCAACGGCCAGGUGAGAAGUGGGUUCCUAUGGUAAGCUGGCGAGUGAAGGAGGAAACCGAGAAAGCUCGCAGAAAGCAAGAACUCGAGUCGGUCUCGUAACCCGUCUC